GUCAGUGAUUCGGUGUGCGCUUUGCCUUCGGUCCCACCGCGAUAUUGCCGCGUGGAAUGCAAAUGAUCAGGAAUGGGCAAUAGAUUGGCUCCGCUGUCCCCUACAUGAAAAGAAGAAGAAGAAUACCGACGGGAGUCUAGCUUUUCAGAUGUUUUUCAGGACGGUUCAGCAGCAUUCCUGCACUCCUGACUUCGAAAGCAUAAACUACUUAGGUUGAAUUACGGUUCCCUUACGAACCAUUUUUUGACGAGUAGACUACGAGCGCUAGUGAGUUUGUAGCGUGCACGCGUGGUCGAAGUCAAUUCCAGCCCACUUCGGAACAUUUCAGCUCGCCGCGAUUGUCUCACGAACACUUUUGAGGUGUGAGAUCACCUAUCGUCGCAGCAGCUCCAGUGGUGGCAAACUGAAAGCGCAAUUUGACGUGCAGUCCCUGCUCUAUAGAUGGCGGUGAUGAAGAUGCAGCUGGCUAUCAGCGGCAACGCUGUACUGCUGCUGUGCUGUGCCCUGGCUAUGGGGUGGCUGCAUGCGGGCGCUACAGCGCAGUACACACAGGUCGGCCUGGGAAUCUUCUUCCUGAACGUGGGCAAGAUUGACCUAGCUGGCUCAGCUUGCUAUCUGGACUAUUUGUUGACGGUGAGACAGCUGAACAGGACGCUCCCUACCUUUGACACUGCCACCAUGUAUGGGGGCCUACAGCGUGUAUGCCCAUCGAACAGUUCAGCGGAGGAAUGGCUGGAGUGGAGAGGGCAGGCAAGCGACAUCUCUGUACCCAACCUGGAGCGGGCUGGUACAAUCAAGAAAGUGGACGAUACGGACAGUGUCUUUCGUGUACAGGGUGCCCACUACUUCCAGACAAACUUGGAGAAGUACCCUUUCGAGACGCAGAUCCUGGAAGCUUUCAUAGAGAUACGACGGCAGCCACACGGGGAUGUUUCCAAGGUUGCAUUGUGUCAGCUAGAGGAUUACGAUGGCUUGUCCAGCUGGGUAAGGUUUCCAGGCGAGGCAGAGCUGGCCUUGCAGGUUGAUCACGAUGUCAAAGAGCAAUGCUGGCCACCGUUUUCCGCACCCCAUGCAAUCUGCAAGAGCGCGACUGGCAUCACAUCGGAUUGUCCGUGUGACCCACCACCAAUCGUGUACCACAACGAGUCAAGGCACUUCUCCUGCCGGUGCCAGGGUGGUAAGAAGUUAUCGUCACGCUACACAGCCAUGAUCUACUUUGACCGUCCUGAGAACACCGCCUUCAUCCGUGUCCUAUUGCCAGCCGUAUUCAUCCUGCUCGUCAUCAUCAUGACUUAUCUACUACCACCCAAGACUGCUGAUGCCAAGCAAACGGUUGUGCCUGCUCUGAACGCAUCAUCAGUUGCCGCCACAACGACAGACCCCGUGUUUACGGAAGCACCUGCGUCGUUGUCCAGCUCUGCGUCCUCCAGCAUCGAGCUCCGCAGACCGGCGGCACGCCUGCAGUCCAGUGCGUCAUGGCAACCGACCUCCACGAGCGGCGACAGCGGCGUUGCCAUGCAACCACUCCGGUCACAGCCUGCCAGGCAGACGGAAGUCUGUAUUGUUUGUGACGACGUCGACAACGCAGGAGAUGACAGCACGCACGUCACCGCCAGCGCGACAGCAGUCAGGUUCAAGAUGUGUGCCGCAACACUGCUUUCGGCAAUAUUCUACCACGUCAGCUUGAUCAAUCAGUUGCCGCCGACGUCUAUUUUCACCGUCGCUGACAAGCUCAUGAUCAAUCUCUAUGCAAUGAAUAUCAUGUCCUGGGUUGUGACCAUCACCUUCAUUAUGAUGGAGAUGGGCGAUAGGAAAAGUGUGCCAUGGUCAGACAUCAAGAAGACGUAUCGCUUCACGCGCAUCGUCGGUCCCAUCUUCAGCCUGCCGCCGUUCUUCAUCACCUUCUUCACGGAGGAGGGACGAGAAUGGGUGCCACCCGUGGUUCUACUGUUGGCUGCAUUGCUCAGUGCACUCUGCUACCAAAUACAAGAGAAGGUCUAUGGAGCGAUGAAGUCGCGCCGAAAGGAAGAGAAAGACGGCAGGACACGGGUCAUUAAGAAGAACAAGAAUGGCCAGGAUGAUAUCGAUGGUGAGGCUGCGGGAGAUGGCGGCGCAUCUGUUGCUCAUGACGACGAUGAUUUGAAGCGCGGCUGCUGCUGCAACUGGUCCAUGUGGGCGGACUAUGGCCAGUACCAGCAGGGAAACGAAGUCAUUCCCAGACCAGCUGGCAAGGGCGUGACUCCAGGGCCUCCGCAACCAACGCUAACGCCACCCUUGGAGUCAGAGUUCUAGUAGCAUGCGUGUACCUGCGCAGGCAGAACUGUGGCACUUUGCAGCGAGAUUAUCGCGAACCUAUGGACACCGUGGAACUGCGCAUGCAGCUCAAAAUCCGAGUCGUCCACUGCACUCUGGACACGAGGUGCAUUCAGGAAACGUAUUCCUGGAAUGUUUCAGUCGUCUAUGCGGAGCAGAGCGUGCUCUAUACUCCUGCGAACACUGCACAUUUCAAUAUACAGCUCUGUGUUUAUUUCUGCACAUGGGUUUCCAGUCAGAGCACAGGCCGGGCCACUAUGUGUAGCUAGCAGGGGACUACAUACAAGUACAGUCGAAUGUCACUUAUCCGGUCGCCAGUUAUCUGAGCACGUUGGUUAUACUUGAAGUAUGCUAACAUGUAUGUGUACAUGGAGCAAUUCAUGAAUAUGCAUGAAUAUAUUUGGGUAUUGUGUACAAAUAGCGGAGUCCUCCGGAUCGAUAGAGUGCUCAAUGCGGAAGCAGAGCAGUAACACACGAGUAACAGGAAAACCACGCGUCUUGAUUGUCGUAACUUAAAGUUUCAUGCCAUAUAGCAAUCUUCAGACAACUGAUUACGGUGAUGCACAGCUAGUAUGGUAUUUAUACAGCAGCAUAGGAAGGAAUCUGUGAAGG